CCUACCUUAUUACCUAGGUACGGAUACACUACCGAGUACCGAUGCUUGCCUUUUCGUCUGACUCUUCAACCCGGCGGCUAGCAUGUCUGUGACUAACAAGGCACAUUGGGGACACAAUCCCACCUCUUCGGUCCCAAUCAUUCAACAAUUUGCAGUUGGCCGAUGCAAACACACAGGACCAGCGGCCCAACCCGAACGGAGCCUGAUCCGUCUUCGGGCAGUUGGCAUGUCUUUGUCCUUGCCCGUUGCCGUUGUCAAUGUCAAUGUCACUAUUCGGUGGCAACGGGCUGGAUUCCCGUCCAGGCUCCAGAGUCCAGCUACCUGACGUUGGGUAUCUCCCUGGCCCGAUGUCUCCCUAGCUCCCGGGGUUGUCACCAAUUUUCACAGGCGGUCCUCGAUCCCCGUUCAUUGAGCCCAACUCCCGCCGUGCCGCCCUACCAACAAACGUGCGUUUCCACAACCGACCGAUCUUGUCCACCUUCAUCACGGUGCUACGGAUACACAGUACACUUUGGGCCGUUCAGUGCGUGCGUUGGACAACCUACACAGUGCUCUGUACAUUACGGAGUACGGGCAGGUAUUAGAGCUGUGGCCGGCGGCGGCGACGAUUAUCCACUUGUUCACGGCGUAGCGGCCUAGGAGCCGGCUGCGUAGUUAUGACGAGGAACGCUACAGCCUACAGCCACAAACUGCUGGUCAUUAGAAGCACGGCUUGGUUUCGUUGUGGAUGGCGCGCGGAGAAACCAUCGACCAUCCGGCAGAUCAGAAUCUAGAUUUCUUGACGUCCUCUUUCCAAGGCUGUCGCGCCCGCAAGCCUGACG